UGUGGACAACCUGAAACCUGUUGGAAGUGAAGAACAGUAGCUCUGAAGGUCUUCUGCUUAGGUCCUCAGCUCCACUGCAGAACAUCUGAACUCCCUUGAACCAACCACCACAAAGUAAUAACAACAUGAAGUGCUUCUACAAAGCUCUCCUCGUCUCCUGGGUCCUGUUUGAAGGGGUCCUGGCUGGUCCAUGGAGCGCCUGGAUGCCCGAGCACAUGACCGCCUUCGAGGGCACCUGCGUUGUCAUCCCUUGCCGCUUCAGCUACCCCGACGAGCUGCGUCCGUCGGCCGUGCACGGCAUCUGGUACUUCAACAGCCCUUACCCCAAGAAUUACCCACCUGUGGUCUACAAGUCUCGCACCAACAUUGUCCACGAGAGCUACUUGGGGCGCACCCGCCUACUGGGAGAGCUGAACUUCCGCAACUGCACGCUGCAAAUCUCCCGCCUCAGUCCCGAGCUCACCGGCAAAUACUAUUUCCGUGGAGACUUGGGAGGGUACAAUCAGUACACGUACCCUGAGCACUGCAACCUGGAGAUCAUCAACAAACCCACCAUUGUGAGCCCCCCAGAAGUGGUGGAAGGGACCGAGGUGGAGCUGCGCUGUGUGGUGCCAGAUAACUGCCCCGACAUGAAGCCCAUCAUUACAUGGAUGAACCACGAGAACCUGGCCGAGCACUCGGUCUAUGCGCAAGUGGAGGAGGAAGGCGGCACCUGGUCCCUCGUUUCCCUGCUCAAAUUCAUGCCAUCGCGCGAGAACCAUGGGCACGAGCUGGGCUGCAAAGUCACCUACUCCAACACCACUUUUGAGUUUGAUGGGUUUACUACCUUGGAUGUCAAAUACCCACCCCGCAUUCUGCAGGCGAACUCCUCUGUGGAGGUCAUCCAGGGCUCGCAUGUGGUGCUGGUGUGCUCCGUGGACAGCAGCCCUGUGGCCUUGAUCUCGUGGCUCCGAGAAGAUGAAAUUCUGCACGAGGACAUGGCGGGAAGCCUCACGCUCCAUCUGAACAACAUCACCCACCUGCAGGACGGCAUCUAUACUUGUGCGGCUGAGAACAUUCAUGGCAAGGACAACCAUUCCCUGGCCUUGGCUGUGCUGUAUGCCCCUUGGAAGCCCGUGGUGAACGCCUCUGUGGUAGCCGUCGAGGGAGAGCCGGUCACCAUCCUGUGCAGCUCGCAGAGCAACCCUGAGCCCAUGAUCACCAUAUUCAAGGACAAGAAGCCCAUGGCCAUGGGCGUCUACCAGAACCAAGUGGCUUUGGAGUUUGAGUCUGUGACACACGAGGACGAUGGGGAAUAUUGGUGCACGGCGGAGAACCAGUUUGGCCAACGCAGCACUGCCUUCAACCUCACCGUUGAAUUUGCUCCUCUUAUCCUUUCGGACUCCAAGUGCACAGCCGCCCGGGACACUGUGAAGUGCAUCUGUGCGGCCAAAUCCAACCCGGAAGCUGUGAUCACCUUUGAGCUCCCCACGCGCAACGUGACGGUGAACGAGACUGACCGGGAGUUUGUGUACUCGCAGAAGACCGGCUACAUUGUCACCAGCAUCCUGACCUUGCAGAGGGAGGUGGACUCCCAGCUUUACAUCGUCUGCUCAGCCAGGAACUUCUACGGGACCAGGAACCAGCAGCUACAGUUCCACCACUCCAAUAGUCUGAUGUGGGCAAAAGUGGGGCCUGUUGGAGCGGUGGUAGCCUUUGCCAUCCUCAUAGCGGUCGUGUGUUAUGUCAGCCAGACCAGAAAAAAGAAAAGUAUGAAUGAAAGUUCGAGUUUCAUGCAAACAGAAAACCCUCCUGUUGCCUACAGCGGAGACUACAGGACUCCUGGCCAUCUGGAGAAAUCAGAGUAUGGGCGCUGCGACAAACGGCUCUUGAACAAGGACCUGGGCAUUGACUACGCCAACAUAGACUUCACCAAACUAUCCACGAAGGACAGCUACACCCUGACGGAGGAGCUGGCUGAGUACGCCGAGAUCCGAGUCAAGUGAGGCCUUUCCCCAACCACCGCGGCAGGCAGCUCCCAUGGACCGCCAUCCAUUGGAACUAUUGUAGUCUAAUGAAACACCUGGCAACGCCUCUCGGCUUUGGCUUCCUAGUCUUGAGAAGACCCUACCAAUUGGUUUUGAUGUCUUGAUGCUCGCUCUUUAAAUGCUCAUCUGUAUCUCCCUGGGCACCCUUCCUUCCCCUCUCCA